AUGAAUGAGGAUGGUGAUUGUCGGCGCGUCGCUCUCAUUGACACAUCUUGCUAUUCCGCUGAUUGUACGCUCUCAGCGUUGGUUCCUCAGCAUGCAAUGAAACCGUAUAGACUUUUGGUGACAAUGGAACUAAUUGCAUCACUGGGGUUAAAGCGGUUUUGUCGGACGGUUGUCCCGCCACCAAUUGGUAUUAAAGAGCUGCUUACCUACCAUGCUGAAGAUUACAUACUGAAUCUGGGACUUCAUAGUAACCGCAGCUGGUUGUGGAAUACAGAGGUAUCGAAGGUUACCUUUUCCGGAGAUUGUCCACCUGUUGAGGGAAUUGUUGAAUAUUCUCUCUCAACAGUUAGUGGCUCCCUCAUGGCGGCUGUUUUGCUGAAUAGUGGUGCUGUCGAUACAGCGAUUCAUUGGGGUGGAGGUAUGCAUCAUGCAAAGUGCGGUGAGUGUUCUGGAUUCUGUUACGUGAAUGAUAUUGUUAUCGCCAUUAUUGAGCUACUGAAAUGCCAUGAUAGAGUUUUAUAUGUUGAUCUUGAUAUGCAUCACGGAGACGGAGUCGACGAAGCGUUUUGCCGUAGCAGAAGAGUCUUUACUCUUUCCCUUCACAAGUUUGGCGAGUCCUUUUUUCCGGGUACAGGCCAUCCACGGGAUGUAGGCAUUGGAAACGGACGCCACUACACUAUGAACUUAGCCAUGUGGGAUGGUGUGGAUGACUUCUACUACACCACAGUUUUUGAGCGUGCGCUCAGAUCCAUUGUAAAACGGUUCAAUCCAAAUGUAGUUGUCUUGCAGUGUGGAGCCGAUUCGCUCGCAGGAGAUCGUUUGGGACAUUUUAAUCUCUCGUCAUGGGGUCAUGGAAAGUGUGUUGAAGAGGUAAAGAAAUUAGGGCUACCAAUGCUUGUGGUUGGUGGUGGUGGUUACACCCUGCGGAAUGUUGCCAAGCUGUGGGCAUACGAAACUAGCAUACUCUGUGGGAAAAGGCUCCCCUUGAACACUGUCAUUCCUCUACAUCGAAUGCCUCUUAGUGGAUGGCUCUUCGAAGAAUCGCCACAACUUUUAGUUUCACAGGAUGAAGAAAACAAACCUCUUCCUGGUGUUAACGUUCAACGAUCCUUCCGCGUGAUUAUUGAGCAAAUAGACAAGCACUGUCCAAAUAUAAUGACUGUUUGA